AGCUACCAGCAUCUCGUCCGAGCUCGCGUGGGUGAAAUGAUGCUGUUCACCGUGCUCUGUGGCUUGGCGUCCCUCGUUGCCGCUAUUGCAAUUGCCGCAGGCAGAUACAGCGUACGCAGAAGCCGAAGCAAUGUUAUAGCGUCUCUGAACCAGCAGCAUGUUGUAAUAAUCACCGGAUGCGACUCCGGUCUUGGCUUCAAUCUGGCGCGCACGUGCUUGCAGGCCAACAUGACGGUGAUUGCGACAUUCCUCAACGUAAAUUCGGAGGGCCGUAGGAAGCUGACGGAAAUGGCCGCUAUGGGGGGUCGCCUCAUUCCACUUAUGCUUGACUUAAAGCAUCAAUUCAGCAUCUGGGAUGCACACGAUGCCGUGCAAAACCUGUUCGAAACAGAGCUCCGCGAUUGUCGACUGUACGCGAUUGUGAACAACAGCGGUGUGUUGUGUAUCGGCGAAGCAGAGAGGCAGUUGCCUGCCAUUACCAUAAGACAGGUGUCGAUGAAUCUGAGUGGUCUGCUGCAGUUUACUAUACCGCUGUUGGAUAUACUACGACAGGACCGCGGCCGGCUGGUACUCGUCACCAGUCAUUGCGGUCAGCAACCGCUUCCCGGAUUGAGCGUUUACUCAGCCAUAAACGCAGCCCUACACGCCUGGUGUACCGCUGUGAGACUCGAACUGGCACCCCAUCAUACGCCGGUGGUCGAGCUUGUGCCCGGCUCGGUCCUGUUUCACUCGGACAUCUGUUCCGGACAACCGCAACUUUUCGACUUAAUGUGGUCCUUCAUGAAGCCCGAGCAACAGCUUUAUUAUGGGACCUAUUUCCAGCGUUACCGCGAUUUCUCGGUGACACUGUUUAGACGCCGCCCGAUCGAACCGUUUCCGGCUCCACUGCUGGAAUGCGUUCAUGGCGCGCUGUUCGAUAAGCAUCCGAAGGCGAUCUACAAAUGCCAAUCGUGGCGCUACUGGGCAUACUACACCGCACUCGCUUUCACACCGCGCAUUGUGCGCGACAAACUAAUUCGCCGUUUUCUAGCUAUGCCUGAGUACAGUGCGGACAACUAAACAAAGUGGCGAGGUCUGGCGUAUAAUUUUACAGACUUUUGCUGUAACAGUUUUAUUUUGCAUUUUUUACACUUUGUUAUUUUUCUCCUGCAAUGUACUUACACGCGCAGCCUACACCAAUCCAUUCGCUCCUGCCCAAAGCAGUGCUGCAGGUCAUCUUUUGACAUGCUUUGGAGUAACUGCGCCGAUUUUGGUUUUGCGUCCUGUAAUGACUCGUGGUGGGUUCCUUUCAACCCGACUCAUGUAGCCAUGGCCGAUGAGUAUUAUACAAAAAUAUACAAAAAUAUAUACAAGCAGGAUUGAUUUUAUGUCAAUAUUCAAUUUCAAUAUUCAAAUACCUUUUUGAAGUCAUAGGCCACUCUGAGCGCCUGUCUUCUUUAACGUCUUCCCUCACCUCCUUAAAACGUUUGUACACCUCCAAAACUGUGGCACUGGAU